AUGGCACCCAUCCCAAUUUCUGAAGAGCAACUGCUCAACCUUUCAUCCCUCCCAACCUACAACUACACAAUGGCUUCUCAGGCACACAACGUACAGACCCCCGUCACGGGUUCCACCGACGCCUCUGUCCAGGGUGACUACUUCACCACUAUCCAGAGCUCUACAACCACCUCUUCACGCACAUCCGCCGAGAUUCAGGACCGACCCGUCAUCACUCCUGGUGGCACUGUCACAACCUAUGCGGCCCUCCAGAGCAAGAACCCCCUGCCGCCCCUCUCCCGCGACUUUCCCAAGCCUACUACCGAGAUCGACGUCGAGGAGGCUCUUUCUCGCAAACCUGGCCGUUGGACUGUCAGAGGAUCCAUUGCCGUCGAGCGACCCGUCCAGGUUGUCGACGAGGAGAAGAUCAAGGCUCAGCGCCGCAAGGCCCUUGAGGACGCCAAGAAGGAGCUGUUCGCCUCCAGCGAGGCUCUCAAGAACGUUCCGCUCCCGCCGCAAAAGAACAACUUCUAG